AUGUUCGGAUUCGGUAUGGCAGAGUCACUCUACCGGACUGCCACCAAUGCAAUGCUGACAGGCUCUACUCUACGCAGGCGAGGCCCGUGACCAAUACCAGCAGUCUUACGGGUCUGACGAUGGCAACAAGGCCGAGCUCAGCCAUGAGGUGCUCGCCGGUGGCGCAUCUUUCGCCGCCAUGAAGAUGUUCGAGGACCACCAGCGUAAGGAGGGUACGCAGCAACACCAUAUGUCCCACCGUACCAACAGAAACCUGACCUGUCUCUUCACACAAUAGGCAAGCCAGUCUCCCACCAGUUCGCCAAAGAGCUCAUCGCCGGUUUCGCUGGUGCUGAGGUCGACAAGCUCGCCGAGACCAAGGGUGCCGACUACAUCGACCGCGAGAAGGCCAAGCGUCAGGCUCGUGACAACGCCGAGCAGCUCUACGACCAGCAGUACGGCGGCAAUGACCAGUUCGACCCCGACCAGCACCGCCCCAACCGUGAGCUGGAGGACCACUUCGGUCAGUGGUAA